GGGGUGUCGGUCUCACAGAUUCUGGUGCCGAGGAUCUCGUCUCCACUCUCAGUACAAAACCAUCACUGACGGAUCUGAUCCUGAGUGAUAAUAAACUGGGAGAUUCAGGAGUGAAACUGGUGUCUGCGGCUCUGAGGAACCCGGAGUGUAAAAUACAGAGACUGGGGCUGAGGGGUGUCGGUCUCACAGAUUCUGGUGCCGAGGAUCUCGUCUCCGCUCUCAGUACAAACCCAUCACUGAUGGAGCUGGACCUGAGUUAUAAUGACCUGGGAGAUUCAGGAGUGAAACUGGUGUCUGUGGCUCUGAGGAACCCGGAGUGUAAAAUACAGAAACUGGGGCUGGACAGUGUCGGUCUCACAGAUUCUGGUGCCGAGGAUCUCGUCUCCGCUCUCAGUACAAACCCAUCACUGACGGAGCUGAACCUGGGAUACAACUCUCUGACAGACCGAUCUGUCCCCGGUCUCCGCCGCCUCAUACUGACCCUCCCGAGUCUGAAGCGGAUCUGGCUGGGGGGGAAUGAGUUCAGUGAGACCGGGAUGAAGGAACUGAGAUCUCUACAGGAACCCAGACCCGGACUGAUGGUGGAUCUGUGAACAUCUGAAUGUGGGGAAUCGGUUCAGUGACACCGGGAUGAAGGAACUGAGAUCUCUACAGGAACCCAGACCCGGACUGAUGGUGGAUCUGUGAACAUCUGAAUGUGGGGAAUCGGUUCAGUGAGACCGGGAUGAAGGAACUGAGAUCUCUACAGGAACCCAGACCCGGACUGAUGGUGGAUCUGUGAACAUCUGAAUGUGGGGAAUCGGUUCAGUGAGACCGGGAUGAAGGAACUGAGAUCUCUACAGGAACCCAGACCCGGACUGAUGGUGGAUCUGUGGACAUCUGGCCUUUAACCUUGAUCUUACCUGGAACCCAGACCCGGACUGAUGGUGGAUCUGUGGACAUCUGGCCUUUAACCUUGAUCUUACCUGGAACCCAGACCCGGACUGAUGGUGGAUCCUGUGAACAUCUGAAUGUGUGAACAUCCCCGCCCGCGGGAUGGGGACAUUUGGCCGACUCCCCGGCCCUCCCCUUUAACUCCCGCCCUUACCUUUAACGGCCGCGCGCCGGGGCUGAUUCCCAACGGUUUUAACGGACCCGGCUCGGGCCUCGCGCUGUGUGCGUCGCUCGCAGCGGUCCCGCAGUGACGUGUUUCCGCCUGUUGUCCGGCGGGACAGCUUCCGCCGGAAGUGCGUGUACGAGACACCGACGUGACUCCCCGGGAAAUUACCCGGACAGGAAGAGCCCGGGGUCCGGGGCUCAGUCUGGGACACCGGUGUCCCGGGGUGGGGGGGAUGAUCCCGGGAGAGAAUCCUUUUGCCCCCUUUGCUGAGGACGGUGCAUUCGGCAGCCUGGCCGAUAUAAUGAUGUUAAAUGGACAAAUCCCUCGGCAGUGACCCUGGAUCUGCAGCGAUCCCGGACACGGCCCUGAAGUGUGAUUUUAUAAUCAUCGGUUCCCCGAUGCAGAGUGACGGUGAGAAACGGGACUGAUUAUUCAAACUGUCACUCCUUGUCGCCGGUCAGUUAAUUGUGUGUGAGUGUGAGUGAGUCGGGAGCAGCUUAUUUAUUCCCGCACGUCAGCAGCUCACACAUUGUUUCAUUCACAUUUGUAAAUUUACUCACACCCGGGACCAGCCACAGAGAGAAUUGUCCUCCACACUGCCCCAUCACACACUUGCAAUGCCAAACACACAGUGAAGUUCCGUCUGCACCGUUCCAUCACUCAAUGAAUUCCACCCUGCAAAAUCUCAUUUCAGGGAAGCAGGCACCAUCAAUUUGCGGGAGACUCCCGGGAGAGGUGGGAUGUCUGCAGUAGAGUAGCUCCUUAGCGGCCAGCCAGCUAGUUUAAAUAGCGUUAGCUAUGCGAAUGAACGAAUGACACCCGUUAAACUCACCUCAACAAUGAUUUAAUCCCCCAUGGGCAAUAGAAAAGUCACUGUAGCAAACAGUGCAGCGAGCCACAUUGUCAUUAUUCCUGACCCCUAUUAGGCAGGGGUACACUUUAGUGUAGUCUGGGGUGAAGUACGUUUUGUAUUUUCUUUUUUUUUAAAUACUCUGCCAUGGAGCGCUCCCACCCUCUCCCUGCCCCUCUCAAAAAAAUCGAUUUGCGGGAGAUUGAAUAUAAUUCGCGGGCGUCAGGGAGCCGCUCACAAUAUGCGGGAGACUCCCGGAACUUCCGGGAGAGGUGGGAUGUCCGAAGCUUCACUUGAAAUGGCCGCUGGGGAGGGAGUGGCGGCUUUGGUAGAAGUGAGCACAAGAGAGGGAGGGUCGCGCUGAUUUAAAAUGGGCGAAUCCUUGGUUAAUGUGGCCGCCAGGGAUGGACUGAGACACUGACUUACAAUGGCCACUGUCACACUCAGAAUCUAUGGCAAAGGAACAUGCGGUGUCCAUGGAUACAAUCCUGGGAUCGAGUGUGUUAUUGAUUGUAAUAACAGUAUUUUAAUUUGUGUUUUAUAUUGUCUUGGGCGUUGUACAUAUGUUUUAAGUCCAAUAAUUUUGUCAUUGAAUAAACUAAUGUAUAUAUCUGA